AUGGGAAAGCACGGAGGCGGCAAGCCCCCGGGAAGAGCUGCUGGCCUUCCUGGACGGCUACUCCACGGAGUCCAAGGGUCCGCUGCUGGUGGAGCCGAUGUUCACAGGCUUCUCAAACCGGGAGGCCGCGGCGGAGACGGCCCGUGGCAUGCUGGAGAAGUACCUUUACAACGAGCGUCCCUUUGCGGCGUCCAUCCAGAAGAAGCAGCCGUACGCGCCUCGCUGACGGUGAAGGGCUCUGGCCUGGUGACUUUGGACGGCCGCCCCGCACCGAAGGAGGCCACCGCGCCGCUGCGGCCCGGCGCGCUCAUCGGCUUCGGCCUGGAGACCGUGCUCACCCUCCGCUUUUUGCCCGACCCCGCUUCGGCGGCUUCGGCACCGGCGCCGAGCAGCGGCUGUGGCUCGCCGAGCUCCCCGCCGCCCAAGCGCACAGUGCGGCGGGCGGAGGAGGAGGAGGCGAUGCCAGAGUUGGACAGAAUCUCGCCCUCGAGACGUGCUGGCUGGUCAGAAGAUGUCAAGCCAAAGGAGGAGAAAGAGGCCCAGCGCCUCUCACCCAGCGCGGGGCGAGAGGCUCGGGCGCACCGACCUACUGCGGUGGAUGGGGGAGAGGUGCAUUUGCUGACCUUGUCCCCGCCGCCUCGGAAAGUCUCCCGCGACGCCUCCUCCUCGCCCCGGGCGCUUCGGUCACCGAUGAGCGCGCAGGGCUUUGAUGAUAGGCUCGCCUCGAGCUCCAGCUUCCGACUUGAGCUGUCGGGGGACGGAGUGCUUGAGGUGCCUCUCAGCCGGCGGCGGAUCGGGCCGAUGUGCCUGCGCCAGCAGCCGGACUGCACACUGUUCGUGGGGCGGAAGCACCAGCCGGAGCUGCACAAGCAGGCGGUGGCGCCGGAGUGCCUGCGGUUCAUGAGCCGCGACCACUUCAGCAUCGCAUGGGAGGUGGGCUUCAGGAUACGGCCGCUCACCUCCAACCCCAUCUGGCGCCUGCGGCGCGGCGCCGCGCCCAUCGAGCUGCAGCGGCACAGCUCGGAGGAUCUCGUCUCAGGAGAUCGGAUCGCCCUCGGAACCGGCAGCGAUAACUCCCCGGACGCGGCGGUCCAAAGCCUUUGCUGGCUGUUCACUGUCGAAGGCACUGAGCUACAGGCAGAUGAGGGCUGCCGGACACCUCCGUCGCCCGGCGGAGCAGGGCCGCGGGUCUCGGAAGAAUGGGCCAUCCGAGUAGUGAGGAGCGCGAUCGAGCGCCCGGUGAGCCCCGAGAGCCCCGAGAGCCCAGCUCGUGAGCGGCUCCUGUCCGAGGGCGGGCCAAAGGCAAAAUCCAAGAGCCGGUCGGGUUUGGGAGGUUGA